CAGCAACUGCGCAGACGGCGCAUGUUCAUGCAGCCAUGUGCGGUAACUUAACCGUCGUGAAAAGUGCACUAUUGUUAACAUAGUUUGAUUUCUCUUCGACACGUUGUUUAAAGUUUUAACUUAAAAACAAGAGCGGGCUAAUGCACAGUUAUUUACAGCCGAGACUUUGGAUUGUUAACCACGUGGUUAAGUUACUGUCUUCGGCUCUAAAGAUCUAAACGAGUUUUUGACGUAAGACAGUAAAGGUUAGUGUUAGCAGUCAUGUCUGGUCCAGAACUGCUGUUAGACUCGAGUAUUCGUUUGUGGGUUGUUUUGCCAAUAGUCUUCAUCACGUUCUUCGUCGGCGUCCUGCGUCAUUACGUCACUCAACUUAUUCAAAGUGAGAAGAAAGUGGAUCUGCAGCAGGUGUCGGACAGUCAGGUGUUACUGCGCAGCCGCAUACUGAGAGAAAAUGGAAAGUACAUUCCCAAACAGUCAUUUACCAUGAGAAAACACUAUUUCAACAACCCUGAAACUGGAUUCUUUAAGAAGGUCAAAAGAAAGGUGAUUCCCAAAAACCCCAUGACAGAUACAAGCAUGUUAACUGACAUGAUGAAAGGCAAUCUCACCAAUGUGCUGCCAAUGAUUCUGAUUGGAGGAUGGAUCAACUGGGCUUUUUCUGGUUUUGUCACAACUAAGGUUCCGUUUCCAUUGACGCUGAGAUUUAAGCCAAUGUUACAGCGAGGCAUCGACCUGCUAUCGCUGGAUGCCUCCUGGGUGAGUUCAGCUUCCUGGUAUUUUCUCAAUGUCUUUGGGCUCCGAAGCAUGUACACUCUCAUCCUUGGACAAGAUAAUGCUGCAGAUCAGUCAAGAAUUAUGCAGGAGCAAAUGACCGGGGCUGCGAUGGCUAUGCCCCCUGAUCCUAAUAAAGCUUUUAAGAGCGAGUGGGAAGCCCUGGAGAUUGUGGAGCACAAAUGGGCUCUGGAGAAUGUUGAGGAGGAACUCGUGUCCCAUGAUCUGAACUUCACAGGACUCUUCAGCCAUCAAGUUAAAACGAUGUUCUGAUGUGUUAUUACUGUAGCCAGCACACUAAUUACUGAGACUGUUAACAAGACUUAAAGGUUCUGCUCAAAGUGUUCACUUGAAUGAUACCGACAGUGUUUAGUUAAUAUUAUGUGAACAUCUUACGAAGGAAGUGUUAUUUAAAAAUGUAAAAGACAGCAUGCAUACAUGAUUACCCAAAAAUUGUUGAGGUGAACUGUAACAUGAGCUUGAAAUGUAAUAAAGAGAGCUAAAUAUG